AUGGAAGGGGGAGAAACACUCAUUCAAUUUGCUAAUAAAUUUCAUGCCGUUCAAGUAAUUGAGCAAUAUAAUGGUCGUAAAUAUGAAGAUGAAGGGUUUAUUUUACAAGUUCGAGCAGCUGCAAAGGACGAUCCAACACAAAAAAUUGGGGCAGUCAAAACAAAACUGGCUAGUCUUCUUUUAAUGGUAACAACUUCAAAAGCUGUUGGUGUAGAUGAAAAUACUUCUGUUACAAGUGAAGAAAAUAAAGAAGGGUGGUGAG